AUGUAUAAAUUACGCCUGUUAGUGUUUGGUUUAAGUGUGUUGAACUUUGUCACAUCUGAUGAGAACAAGACCUGUGAAAUUGCAAAAUCCUUUGCAAAAUCAUCACCACCUGAUAACACAGUCAGUGUACAUUGUGAUGCUGACAAAUCUUGUGCAGGUUUCCACUGCCAAGGAGUUUAUCUUAUCAGUAAUACUCAUUUGCAUAUAAAGAAAGGUGAUCCGGUAUGCUUUGGAGUAAUGAUUAAUCAUUGUGAUACUCCAUUGUCCAUGGAUGUCUAUUUCCAGAAUGUGUUAAUGAAUUCCUCUUUCCAAAGACGUCUUCAUCACAAUGCAAGCAUACCAAUACCUGGUAUUACAUUGAGAACGGAUACAAGUAAAGUAGAUUUGUUUUUAUUUGUUGAAAUGACUCAUAAAGACAAUAAAGUGACCAUUGCAUUAACAGCCAGAGUACGUUUUACUGUGGGCAAGAUAGUAAACUGGCCUGAUGCUUUAAAUUUUAAAGUGAUUCCUGAAAAGACAUUUCCAGUUCCUCCCUGUCCUCCAGGUGAAAACAGGAAUGUGACACAAAUUCCAGUUUUUCCAUCCUGUGUUGCACCAACAGUUGUAGCUCCAUCAACUACUACAGUCAAGCCAAUGUCUAAAACUUAUGGAAAACUUUGUGACCCUACAAAAGUGUAUCAAUGUAGCCAAAAUGAGAUGUGCACUUUCAAUAAAAUAUGUGGUUGUUCAACUGGAAUGGUUCUGAAUCCUAUUUCAGGAUAUUGUGAUAAUCCAGGUGCUUCACCCAAGCAUAAACUGGAGCCAGUUGCUGAAACUACUAUAAAAAGUACAAUUGUUUCUUCAAACAGUUUAGUGCCUGCUGCUCCUCAAACAGCAGUUAGUGAUCCAAAAAAGAGCAAUACUGGUUUGAUCACUGGACUAGCAGUUGGUGCUGUGGCUGUUCUUGGAAUUGUCAUCUUGGUUUCAUUUCUCAUUUGGAGAUCUCGAUCUACUCACUCUGAUCAUGUGCCUAUUGUUGACAAUGAAGAAGUGGUUAUCUAA